UUUCUCUCUCAUCUCCGGCUAACCUCCUUUCCUCUCCUUACGUCUCUAUCUUCCCUACGUUACUCUCUUUCUCACCAACUCCAUUCCCUUUUCUCGUGAGCCGAUGGCAAACCCCGUUCUUUCCUUCCCUUAGCGCAAGCCACCGUGUGAACGUCAGAGAGAGAGCAAGAAGAAGGCUAGGGAGAGAGCCAACUCCUAUCGUUCCACUUUUUCUCUUCUUGGCAUUGGAUUGCAGCGAGUCUUGGCGAAUGGCGAUGGACAACGCUGAGAGCAGCGGCGGCCGGGGGCCGCCGGCGCUCCACCGUCAGCCGCUGGAGGUAUACCACGAGGUGCUCCGCCGCCUCAAGGACUCCGGCUGCCCGGAGGCCCUCUCCCCCGCCUUCGACGAUGAGCUCUGGGACCACUUCAAACGCCUCCCCGCCGGAUAUGCAUUGGAUCUGAAUGUGGAGAGAGCGGAGGAUGUUUUAACCCACAAAAGGUUACUACAACAAGCGCGUGACCCUGCCAACAGGCCUGCCUUUGAGGUCCGACUUGUUCAGAUAGCUCCUUCACAUGAUGCAAACCAAAAUAAGUGUUUAGAUUCCAGCCAACAAGGGAGGGAAGAUGCUCAAUGCUCGUCAAGUUUCUCAAUUAAGGAAAGGCCCAUCCAUGAGAUCACAUUUUCGACAGAUGAUAAGCCAAAGCUUCUCAGUCAGUUGACGUCUUUGCUUGGUGAAAUUUGCCUUAAUAUCCAAGAAGCACAUGCAUUUUCAACUGUUGAUGGUUACUCCUUAGUUGUUUUUGUUGUCGACGGCUGGCCAUAUGAGGAAACCAAUCAGCUUAAAGAUGCACUGCAGAAAGGAAUACACAAAAUUGAGAAACAAGCAUUAUUAUUGCCUCGUUUUUGGUGUUCUGAAGUGAAAAGUUCACCUGCUGGGGAGAAAUCUCUAACCGAUCAUGUCCAAAUACCUACAGAUGGGACUGACGUAUGGGAAAUUGAUGUCAGACAUCUGAAAUUUGAGAGUAAAGUGGCAUCUGGAUCUUGUUGUGAUCUUUACCAUGCAACCUACUGUAGUCAGGAUGUCGCCGUUAAAGUACUCAAGCCUGAGUGUGUUGAUGUCAAUAUGCAGCGUGAAUUUGCACAAGAAGUCUAUAUAAUGAGAAAAGUUCGCCACAAGAAUGUUGUGCAGUUUAUUGGUGCAUGCACCAGAUCCUCAAGUUUGUGUAUUGUUACAGAGUUUAUGUCUGGUGGAAGUAUCUAUGACUUUCUUCACAAGCAGAAAGGUGUUUUUAAGCUGCCUGCUUUACUCAGAGUUGCAACUGAUGUAUCCAAGGGAAUGAACUACUUGCACCAAAAUAAUAUAAUCCAUAGGGACCUGAAGACUGCUAAUCUUCUGAUGGAUGAAAAUGAGGUUGUCAAGGUUGCAGAUUUUGGAGUAGCACGAGUUAAAGGUCAAUCUGGUGUUAUGACAGCAGAGACAGGAACAUACCGCUGGAUGGCUCCUGAGGUCAUCGAACACAAGCCGUAUGAUCAAAAGGCUGAUGUUUUCAGUUUUGGCAUUGUGCUGUGGGAGUUGCUCACUGGGAAGAUACCAUAUGAGGACUUAACACCAUUACAAGCAGCAUUCGGUGUGGUUGAAAAGGGGCUGCGACCUAUCAUUCCAGAGCAUGCUCACCCUAAGCUUGCUGAACUGCUUGAAAGAUGUUGGCAACAGGAUCCAUCUCUGAGGCCAGACUUUUCAGAAAUUUUUGAGAAGCUAGAUCUCAUUGCUAAGGAGGUUCUAGAUGAGCAAGAGGAUCGGCCCAAGAAAUCAUCAGGGCGAUUCUCUCAGUUUUUAGGCGGGGUCACAAAAAUUAGCAUGGUUGUCCUUGAAUCUGUUUGUAUGAUUCUAUAAUGACCCGUUAUCGAAGGCGAGCAGUGCUGCCGAUUGGGUCGCCUCUAAUAUGGCUGAGUAUAUCGAUGAUUGGAUUUGACGUCAGGGUCAAACUUGUCCAUGUGCACCACAGGAUAUCUUGUUCUUGGAACUUUUGGUAUGCAUUCAUAGUAGAUCGGUGUGAAUAUCCACUUGUAUCAAAAAAAAAAAGAAGAAGAUAUUUUAUCAUUGUGCUGAAAUUUUUCCUCUGAGAUGUGUGGUGUUCGUAUCACUUGCCUAUUUUCUCAAUUUUGUGCUCUAAUUUUAUUUCUGAUGCUUCUUUUAUAGUGUACAUUUAGCAAGAAUUUUAUAUCCUGAAUAUAAUUUUUAUUUUGUAUUUAGUUGGGAUUAAGAGAAGAUGGAUGGUCUUCAUCCACUAUUUGGUUCAAAAAGUUA